CUCGGCCUUUGCCCUUAUUCCUUCAAUGGAAUCUCUCAAUCUCAACACUCUAGCAAACUCACUACCGGCAGGACAACAGAAUGCAGAGAAAGAACUAUUGAAUAACUUCAAAGCUGCUGCUUUGAGCAUCACCACCCUUUAUCGUUCUUCGAGGAAGAGCGCUAAACGGGCUUAUAACACUGGCUAUGCGACUGCGUGUCAGGAUUUGCUGAAUUUCAUCCAGCAAGGGGUGUCUGCGGAGAGCGUGGAACCGACCGUGGCAGGGCCGUCGAGCGCUGUCGACGGUGGAGGGAUGACGAUUGGGAGGGUCAUGGACUGGAUAGAGGCGCGGCUGGAGGCCAUCAAGGCGCUGGAGGACGACGACGACGAGGACGAGGAGAAGGAGCGCAGACCACACACAACAGCACCCGCCCGCAAACCUGCUGUGCCUGGGCCCAGUUCCCUCAAGAUUCCCCAAACAUCAUCUCUACCCACACCUAGCUCACCCAUAACACAAACCAACGGCACACCGCCAGAGCCGUCAUCGCCUUCCCCGCCGCCAUCCACCGUACUCCGACCUAACCAGCUCCGUUCAUCCAAGCACAAAACACCAGCCAAGGUCGACCCCCUCACCCCGCUCAACGCGCAGACUGCCAACAUCAUUCCUUCCGCCUUCAACUUCACUGAGACACUCGGUUCCCCCUCCGCCAACUCCACACCCUUCCCCGACGCACCCCUCGUCGGUGCCAAGCGCCGUCAUGUCAUGAUGAUGAUGGAUUCGGCGUCCCCUGUCGUCAGCGCGGGGUCCACCGUGUCCUCACCCAGCUCCAACGCCGGCUCACUCGGAAGCAACCCCCUCAACCACUCUGGAUCUACCUUCCCUCAUCGUCGGAGGACAAGGAGUUCUCGUAAUCUCGCGCAAGCCCAGAACCAGAACGUCAACGUGAUCCCUACGCCUUCGGAAGCCAUGGACAUUGAAGAAGACGGCCGAGAGCGGAAACGGGUUGCCAGAAGAUGA